AUGGCCCAUGACGCCCCAACCAUCAAUACCGAUCUUGCUUCAGUGCUGCGAACUCCACGCCAGGAACAAGAAGUGAUUUCGGAAGCGCUUCGCAUCAUUCAGCAUAUGGAGUCCGCCCCGGACUGCAACCGUCUAGCUGCCUUGAGCUUGAUCAAUGACUGCAAAUCCCUCGAGGAUGGACCGAACGAAACGAAGAGAGCCUUUCCGAACAUUCUCGACGAAGUGAAAUCCGAAUACGCUGCUAGACUUGCGGUUUGUGAGCUAGUAGGCGCAAGAGCGAAGGUAUCUCGAGAUUGUCUUAUCUUGGUUCCAUCGGCGGCCGCCUGUGACGAAGGUGGCCUGUUCUCGUUCGGACGUCGCAAGCGAAGUCAAGCCUCAGCUGGUGAACUAUGCUAUCCGAAAGCAACUCAAGCAAAAUUCGAGUCGUGCCUUAAGGCCCUAGCUGAUAAUGCGCAAUCUUGGACAUCGUAUAGCAAUUCGCGGCAAAAUGCGGUCGUCAUGUGCCGUGCGAGUCGAGACAGCAUUGAGCGAGAGAAGACGCUCGCGAUAUACAAGUCAUUGGCAGAGGUUGUCGCGGAUCUGACAGGAGCGUACGAGGAAACGAGUCGAAAUCUACAACAUGCGAUGGAGACCUGGCUUGAUGAACAACACAAGUUUGCGGAUAAGAUACGCAUGUCUCAAGAGAAUGUGAGGAACGAGAUGCAGGCCAAUCGAGAUAUGACUCGACAGUCUUUCGCAGAUUUGUCUCACCAGGCUAAAGAACUACGCCAAUAUCUUGCAGGUUACGAAGUUAGUAUCAAACAUUUUCAGCAAUUCAUGAAAGAGGUGUUCCACAACAUCUCAGAAAGUAGCUCCCAGCAGACUACCAAUCAGCAACAUGAGCUACAAGUCUACCAUCAGAAUGCGAUUGCUGGGCUUCAAGAAUCCAUUGAUACUUUCAUGCGUGGCCUUACCACUCUAUCAAGCUCCAUUGGUAUGGUUCGAGAUGAAGCGGAAUUGACUCACAAAACUCUCGUCACGGUCAAUGAGGGUCUUAUGCUAGUAGACACGGAGCUGAAAGUCAUCAAAGCUGAUACGGAGAAAAUCCAUACUGCCAUAGAAGAGUCCAAAGAAACGUUUAAGAUACUCUCUCUAAUCGGAAGUUUCGUUGUUAACCCAAAAUGGCUCAUGAUGGCAGCUAUGGUUCUCGGCAGCUUCCUCUACGGUACAUGGAGGCUCAGUAAACGAAUCGCUGGAUUGACACUUAUGCUUGGAGGGACAUGUCAUUUCCUAUACAGAGUUGGCAUCUUACAUUCGGCGCAAGAUGUGAUCUUGCAGGCGAAGGUCUUCAUCACACACCAAGGCCUCACGAUACUGCUCGCAGUUGGAGCAGUGGGUUUGCUUUCUAUCUCGACCGUACUGUGGUCGUGGUCUCAAAAUGCAUAUCUGUAUAUGCUGGAAGAUGAGCAAGGAACGACAGCCAUUCUGCCUCGCGUUGAAGAUCCAGGACUUCCAAGUAUCGCCGAACACCAUCGCUUUAAGAAACUUCUCGACAAACUACACUCAGCCUACUAA